GGCGAUGCGAGUUCAGACAAGCAGACGAAUUCGGUGUUUUUAGUUGUAAAUGGUUAGAAAAUGACGAUGACAGGUGCUCUCUGUGGCUUCAAAUUGCAGUUUUAAUAUUAAGCUGGCCCUGGUAUGAUAUGAGUUGAAUAGCAGUAUAGAUGAUCAGUAAUUAGAAUGGCAGGCAAGCCAUCAUCCAGCUGUUUAGUAGAUUGGGAAGUUUUGAUUCCUCUUGGUCCAACUUUAGCUUUUCAUGUGGGAUGUGUUGUGAAUAAUUCUGUGUAUCUACAUGGUGGUAUUGAAAUCAAGGGCAGUAACUCUCCAUGUAAUAAGUUAUAUAAACUAGAUCUAGAGUCGUUGAUAUGGAACCAGAUUGUAAGCCCUGAUAGCCCAGUUUUAAGUCAUCAUGCUUGUCUAGUUAGAGAUGAUAGGUAUAUGAUAAUAAUAGGAGGAUGGGAUGGUAAGAGUAGAGGUAGUAGAGUGUAUGUGUAUGAUACAGUAGAGAACAAAUGGUCUGAACCUCCCACUACUGGCUUCCCUGAAGAUGGUGGUCUAAGUUCUCAUACUGUAAACGAACUCUCAGAUGGCAAGAUAUUAAUAGUAGGACGAGAUGGAAGUCUACGUAUGCAGAGACGUCAUGGUAACGCUUAUCUGAUGGCAGGAGAUCAAACCUCAGGUUUUAAAUAUUCAGAAUUCAGUAAUUCAGUGACAUCACGGUCCGGUCAUACAACUUCUAUUAUCGGUACGAAAGUUUUUAUUAUUGGUGGUAGAAGUGAUAAACUCGUAGACGUGUACACAGGAUAUUCAAAUAAAUACACUCAUGCUAACUCUGUUAUAGAAAACUUAGUAUCAGCAGCAGGAAAACUCAAAGCAUUACACAAAUUUCCAAGUGGACGCAAACAUCACAUAUCCUUACCUGUACCUGGGGGACUAUUUCUUCAUGGUGGAGAGACAUUUGACGGGAAGUGUCGUGAACCGGUGGGUGAUAUGUAUUUAAUGACUGUCAAGCCUGUGGGUAAUUUUUAUAAGCUGGGUACGAGUAGUGUAGGACGGAGUGGCCAUGUUUGUUUAGUUUAUAAAGAUAAAGUAUUACUACAUGGUGGAAUCUCAGGGAAGAAUUCCUCCAUCCGAUGUGAAACUUUUGAAUUAAAAUUGAAAUUUUAAAAC